AAAGAAUCCUCCCAACCGAAAAAGAAAAAAAGAAAAAUAGAAGUUCCUCUCUCUUUCCUGCGAAAAACAAAAUACAAACAAAAACAUAAGUCAGACACCAAUGCAAACACUGCCUACCAUUUUGUAGAAUUUUGGAAAGAAAGAAAAACCAGUGGCAAAGUUUGCAUGCCCAGCAUGGCGAAGAGAUCGGAUUUCGCACAGAAGCUGUUGGAUGAUCUUCGAGUUCGAAAGGAACGAAUGGCUGCAUCUCAGAGUUCAAACCGUUCAAGCCAAAUGGCCAUAGGUACACUAAUAUAUUUUUUCUGAAAUCAAAAAGAGAGGGCUGGGGAGAGGUUGCAGAUUGAAGAUUGUGCAGGAGGCCAUGAUUCUUUAUUUGAAGUUAAUCUCACUGACUAUAAGACCAAAUUCUCAUUGAUUUUGUUCUUGUUUCUCUCCUAUCAUUUUACUUCCAAAAGAAUAACAGGAAAAAGGAAAAGUGAGAGAGAAUUAAGAUGCAUAUUCUUAUGCCAAGCAAAACUAUAGAGGGACAAGCGGUACAAGAACACAUGAAAUGAUUGGUUCCAGAACUGGUAAUGCUCAUAACAGGUCAAGUGGAAAUUAUAGAUCAUCCUAUGUUGGAGAAGCUUCGAAUCAAAUUGUAACUUAUGGAAGGGGUCAAAGCCCACAGCAAAUAGAUCUUUCAAUGGCAUUGGCUUUUGCACUUGAUAAUGGAGGAAAACUCAGAAGAAUAGAUUCAUCCACCAGAAAUUCAAUGCUGGGAUUUCUACAGCAAAUUGGCAGGAGCUCCAUAGACUUUGGAAGGUCGGAAAGAAAAAGCCUUGUGAUUGAUAGACAUAGGUCUUCAACUAGCUCAUUCCCUGCCAUUUCUCAUCUCCAAAUUGAAGAAAUAUCAAAAGGGGCACAGAGAUUGAAUCAGAUCCUGAGAGCCUGCUCUAAUGGUCUUAACUUUGAUAGAUACUCAAUAGAAAUUGGGAAACAACUAUUGAAAGGGGCUACCGAUUUGGAAUCCUCUCUGAAGAUGCUUGUAAAUCUUCAGGAAGCUUCAGAGUAUAUGAUCAACCCGCGGAAGAAAAAUCAAAUCAAAUUGCUGGAUGAUGACGAAGAUGAUGAUGAAGAUGACACGAUGAAAGUAGCUGAGCAAUGGCAACUGGACCUUCCAAGAUUCUCCUUUGACAAACCUUCAAGACAUAGAAUCCAAGAACCUGAAAAGACAGGGCAUAAGCAGAGGCUGCUAGCUUCUAACUCCACAGUAGGUACAAAGUCCAACCGUGAAAAGCAAGCUGUAAUUACCACUAGAUCAGAUUCUCACAGCCGAUCAUUCUCGUCUGCAUCCGACGUCAAAAGCAUUUCCGCACUCACAGAAAAUAAGAAUCAGUCACGCUCAUUGGAGUCAAAAGCAGAAAAGGGAAGGAUUCCAAAUGUGAUUGCAAAAUUAAUGGGACUAGAUGAGCUUCCAGAAAGUGAAAACUUAAAGCCAACCACAAAGAAAGACUCUCGUUCCAAGCAAAAAAAUGAAGGGAAGGCAUUGCAGCAAGCCACACAAGGAAGUACUAAGCCUGCUAAACUCAGGACUAAAAGCGUGGAGAAUUUAGCAUUGCCCAAAAAACAAAAGAUUAUGGAUGACAACAAGAAUCUUGAGGUCCAGAAAACUUCUUCUGUGAUGCAAAGAGAGAAAUAUCUGCCUGCUCAUGUCAGCUUUGAGGUGGUUCAUGAUGAAAAACCGCACUGGAAAAUUUUGUCGGGGAUAAAAGGAGUGACAAGAUCAGAGAGACUAAGCUCUGAAAAAGACAAGCAGGAAACCGACGUUGCCCAAUUCAAACAGAACACUGCAAACCGGAUGGAUAAUCAGCAAAAAGAAAGAAAACAGGACAACAAGAAGCAUGGGGAACAGAUAAGCACUGGAAAAGCUGAAACCAAGGAACUAAUUUCGAAGGAUAUGCGGCCACAGAUGGUAGCACAUGCAUAUAACAGUUCAGAAUCUGCACCUACAUUGCAAGAAAAGCCAGGCUUCAAUGCUAGGAUGCUUCAACUGGAAAAGAACCAUGCUGAUUAUCCAUUACCUCGAAAUCAAAAGAAUUCACACUAUAAUCUGGAAUAUCAGCAGCCAUUCAUGGUCAGAAAACAAGAGGUAGAAGAGGAAAAGAAGCAAAGAGAAGAUGAAAGAGAGCAGCUAAAUGCAAAACAAACUUUUCCCGUCAGAAAACAAAAAGGAAACGAAUUGAUGUCCAAGAGUGUAUCAAGACCCAUCCAUGAUUCAAUAAACGUGCAAAAGAAUCAUCCACAGAUGAACCAAGCCAAACAAAAUAGGAAAAGUUUGAAGAAACCUACUAAUGCAAACCAAUUUGAAGGCUUUCCAAAUGGCAAACACCAUGAUGAUAUGGUCACAGAUAAAAGUUCAGCUGAGUUUAACAUCCACAUGAAAGAUUCAAUGAAUUGGAAUUCAGACCAAAACUUAUCUCCAAGAGAGUCAGAAUCAGUAUCAGGGAAAGAGGCUCAUAUUUCACCAGUUGUAAAGGAGAAACCUGUACAAGUAGCAGUCGCGCAAAAGGCGAAAGUUACAAAAGUGAAUAAGAAAGAAUCCCCCAGAAGAAUCGAUGAAGUAGCGACCAGAAGAAAUGGAACUGUCAACAAUUUGGCAAGGCCACUGAAACAUCAAAGUUCUAUUCUUGAUGAAGUAAAACACAGAAUGCAUGGUAAACACAGCAGCUAUGAUGGAGGAGAACAUGUUAGAGCCCGAAGACAUGGAGAAGCAGAAUCAAACAGGACAAGAACAAGCAAUCAACCGCUGAAUUCGGCCAAACAAGUUCAGAAAGAAGCUACUCCUUUGGAAGAUGAAUGCAAAAGCCUAAAAGAACCUCAAACUUCAGCUUCCAAUGACACUUGCCAAAACGCGAUACCUAAUGAUCAGCAAGAUCAACCACCUGUUAAUGGAGGUCAAGAGCUCAAGUGUAGCAUACAGGCGUUGGAUGAACUUAAUGUUACAGGAACCCAAGAAGCUACCAUGGACAUCUCCAACCCAUCACAACAGAAGCACCAAAGGAGUACCAAAUCUAGCAAACUAGAGCUGCUGACAGAAAGCGAAAACCACCUGAAGCAAAUACUUGUUAAGAGCCAACUGUUCCUUAACACAGCAGAAGCACUUUUCAAACUGGAAAUUUCUACUGGAGUUCUUCAUUAUAGUGGGCAAGGCCACCAAGGAGAAGACAGCAAGCUUACAUUAGAAUGUGGAUAUGAACUAAUGAGAAGAACAGGAAGAAGGCAAGAGCUCAUUGUUCAUCCUUGCGCGAAGGUCUCGAUAAGUUUCAUUAAGAUAGAAACAUUUGAUGAAUUGGUCAAGAAAUUGCACAAAGACUUUGAGAAAUUGAAGUUUUACGGUAGGAGUGGGAGAGAGGAAUGUGAAGUCGAAGAGUACCUGCCAAGGAUGCUCCAAAUUGAUGUCCAUAACAAAGAACCAGACUUGAAUUCUAUGUGGGAUUUGGGCUGGAACGAAACCAUGUUUGCAUUUAUUGAAACAGAUGAGAUUAUAAAGGAUGUGGAGAUGCACGUGCUCAAUGGACUGCUAGAUGAGAUAACAAUAGAUCUUUUCUUCAAUUGAGAGUUUCUCAUUUAUCUUUUACAAUGAACAGCCUCAAAUUUCCCUAAAACGUAGUUCUAUCUUCCUUAAUCAACCCCACCAAAAAAAAAAAAAAAAAAAAAAAAAAAAAAAUCGCUUGGCCGUUUUUGGUUUUUGUAUUGGAUAAGUUAAUAAUGUAAUUCUGAAUUGGAGGAUUUGCCAAAUCAAAUAUGUAAUUUUUUCUUUUGAAUCUAUCAUAUUUCUCUACUCCAUUUCUGUUUUUCUUUCCAUACUAUAUUUGUUAUGCAAAAGACUUGGAUACCUAUGAAACUAUGUUUUACAUACUAAAAGUCAUUAAUACCAUUUUCAGCACAUCAUGCUAAGGCGAACCUGAUGACAUUGAUUGCUUUAAUUAAGUUACUCAAUAACCUGCAAUGCUUCAAAGUCUCGACUUUUUGUGCUCGUGAUCUUCGCUUAAUUAAGAUGUUGAUUCUUGACCUUUGCUCUAUUUCUCAUUUUUGGGAGAUUUGAACACUCUUUUUGCCAGGAUUUCUUCUUCAAUGUUACAGAGAGUUCCACAAUUUGGAGAACAAGAGGACUGAAUGGCAGGGAACUAGGUUUGCAAUUUCUGAAUCACGAUUAUUAUGCCCCAUCGUGUCUCUCUAGCUGACCAAUAGGAUCAAUCUAGAUGUAUGCUGUGAAAACAAAACAAAAUUGUACGUACCGUGGAAAAGAAAAGAAAAGAAAAGAAAAAAUCAAUUCAAUCAUGCUAGAGAGUGUAGAAGGACAGUUACAAGCAAUCAGUUCAUUAGCUUUUACUUUUUGCGUCAGAGCUGCAAGCAUCCUUGCAGAACAAAUAUUCUGAAUGUGGAAGAAGCAUAGGAAUAUACAAAUAAAGAAGCUCACUGAAUAAAGCGUUUUAAACCGGUCCCAUUGGAAAAAGGUGCAUGCUUUUGAGAGCUCUCUAAAGGACACUUCACGCAUAAAGAUCUCCGAGUUUCCUUAAGCUUGUUGGUCUAAAAGUGAGAAAUAGUAGUGCUGGAUUGGCUGGAGUUUGGAGGUUUUCAGUAUGUAGACUUUGUAAGCUUUUCUAGAUAGUUUGUAUGGUGCAGUAUAUAUUUUUUUAACAGCGACGUGCUCAAAGAAGCAAAGCAAUGGGGGCAAACGAGUAGGUAAUGGGAAAGAACAAAUUCUGACGUUUUAAAUGAUAUUUUCCAUUGCCAGUUUAUGAGGAAACUUGGGUACCACUCAUACCAAACUUCUUAAAGUUUGGCAACCUUUUUUGGGCUUUGCUUUUGUAUACCCUAAAUAAAUUGUAUGAGAAGCUCUCUUUUUUAUUGUGUUAUUCCUUGCCCACUUUUUUCAUUUUUUUUUAUUUUUUUAUUUUUUUAUUUUUUUAUUUUUUUAUGUGUUGGAAAAUGAUUACGUUCACCAAUGCCAAGUCUGUUGCUUAAUAGGGAAGUAAAAAUGGCUCUAACAUAGGGUAUGGUCUGGG